UUCCGUGUUUGAGCUGACGCGUCGUUAGCGUUUUUCAAACCAGUUCUGCUCUUACGUGUCAGUCUUCUUUCACCGUAGAGCAAGAGACCGGUCGGUCACUUCGGGAACAAUGGCACCUAAAAGUAGCAGCAAACAGCAAUCCGAGGAAGACCUACUCCUCCAGGACUUCAGCCGAAACCUGUCUGCAAAGUCCUCCGCGCUUUUCUACGGCAAUGCACUAAUUGUGUCCGCAAUUCCCAUUUGGCUGUUCUGGAGGAUCUGGCACAUGGACCUGGUCCAGUCAGCGGUCCUGUAUGGAGUCAUGACGCUGGUCAGCACCUACCUGGUGGCCUUCGCCUACAAAAACGUCAAGUUUGUCCUCAAACACAAAGUUGCCCAGAAGCGUGAGGAUGCUGUCUCCAAGGAGGUGACAAGGAAACUCUCUGAGGCUGACAAUCGCAAGAUGUCUCGCAAGGAGAAGGAUGAGAGGAUCCUGUGGAAAAAGAACGAGGUAGCUGAUUAUGAGGCAACCACCUUCUCCAUCUUCUAUAACAACACUCUGUUCCUGGUCCUCGUCAUCAUCGCCUCCUUCUUCCUGCUGAAGAACUUCAACCCCACCGUUAACUACAUCCUGUCCAUCAGUGCCUCAUCUGGCCUCAUCGCCCUGCUGUCCACCGGAUCCAAGUAAAGGAGGAAAGAAAGAAAUUAACAAUUGAGAAGAGGGUUUGGGUCAGGGAGGGCUGGGGUGAAGCUAGGAGGAGGGUUUGGGUCAGGGAGGGCUGGGGUGAAGCUAGGAGGAGGAUUUGGGUCAGGGAGGGCUGGGGUGAAGCUAGGAGGAGGGUUUGGGUCAGGGAGGGCUGGGGUGAAGCUAGGUGGAGGGUUUGGGUCAGGGAGAGCUGGGGUGAAGCUAGAAGUAGGGAAUGGGGUUUGGGUCAGGGAGGGCUGGGGUGAAGCUAGGAGGAGGGUUUGGGUCAGGGAGGGCUGGGGUGAAGCUAGGUGGAGGGUUUGGGUCAGGGAGAGCUGGGGUGAAGCUAGAAGUAGGGAAUGGGGUUUGGGUCAGGGAGGGCUGGGGUGAAGCUAGGUGGAGGGUUUGGGUCAGGGAGAGCUGGGGUGAAGCUAGAAGUAGGGAAUGGGGUUUGGGUCAGGGAGGGCUGGGGUGAAGCUAGGAGGAGGGAAUGGGGUUUGGGUCAGGGAGGGCUGGGGUGACGCUAAGAGGAGGGAAUGGGGUUUGGGUCAGGGAGGGCUGGGGUGAAGCUUGGAUAUUUUUUUGUAAUGAUUGAGAGAAGGAGAAUUAAAAUAAUAAUCAUAUAAUUUCAGCUGUAAGUCUUCAUGAAAUAAUGUCUGGAGGUUACUCCAGGUCACUCGGUCCUUCACAUUUUGUACUAAUUAAAGUGGCCAGAUCAAGAA